AUGCUGGGCCGCCGGCGGGGGGCCCGCACCAGCUACAGCCCCUACCGAGCUGGACUGCAGGGGCCACAGAGGAGAGGCCGGGACCUUGGCGUUCGGCUCAUGGAGCUGCCCAGGAAAGAGGGGCCUGAUGCAGUAUUCCCUGGACCCGGCAUGGAGCCACCAGCCACAUCCUUGGGUGCCAAGGCCACUGGCACACUCAAGCGGCCCACCAGCCUGAGCCGCCACGCCAGUGCGGCCGGCUUCCCGCUGUCCGGUGCUGCCUCCUGGACACUAGGCCGGGGCCACCGGAGCCCGCUGACCGCAGCCAGCCCUGCCGAGCUGCCUACCGAGGGGCCCAGCCUCGAUGCCGUCGAGGACAUCUCCCACCUGCUGGCUGACGUGGCCCGCUUUGCCGAGGGCCUCGAGAAACUCAAGGAGUGUGUGUUGCGUGAGGACUUCCUCGAGGCCCGCCGACCACUGGCCCACGAGUGCCUGGGUGAGGCCCUCCGUAUAAUGCGCCAGGUCAUCUCCAAGUACCCACUGCUCAACACUGUGGAGACACUCACGGCUGCAGGCACCCUCAUUGCCAAGGUCAAAGCCUUCCAUUACGAGUGCAACAAUGAGUCAGACAAGAGGGAGUUUGAGAAGGCCCUGGAGACGAUCGCGGUGUCCUUCAGCAGCACUGUGUCCGAGUUCCUCAUGGGUGAAGUGGACAGCAGCACCCUCCUGGCAGUUCCUCCUGGGGAUCCUAGCCAGUCCAUGGAGAACCUAUAUACCCAGGGCAGUGAGGGCACCCCACCCAGCACUGAGGACAGCGAUGCAGGCUGCCCGCCCCCCGAGGAGGUGGACAAGCUGCUGCAGCGCUGCGAGGGCGGAGUUGAUGCUGCACUGCAGUACGCCAAGAACAUGGCCAAGUACAUGAAGGACCUCAUUGGCUACCUGGAGAAGCGGACCACACUGGAGAUGGAGUUUGCCAAAGGCCUGCAGAAGAUCGUCCACAACUGCAGACAGAGCGUCAUGCAGGAGCCACACAUGGCCCUCCUGUCGAUCUACUCGCUGGCCCUGGAACAGGACCUGGAGUUUGGCCACAGCAUGGUACAGGCAGUGGGCACACUGCAGACCCAGACCUUUAUGCAGCCCCUAACCCUGCGGAGGCUUGAGCAUGAGAAGCGCAGGAAGGAGAUCAAGGAAUCCUGGCACCGCGCGCAGAGGAAGCUGCAAGAGGCAGAGUCCAAUCUGCGCAAGGCCAAGCAGGGCUACGUCCAGCGCUGCGAGGACCAUGACAAGGCCCGCUUCCUGGUGGCCAAGGCUGAGGAGGAGCAGGCGGGUAUCGGGCCGGGGGCAGGCGGCGCAGCCUCCAGGACCCUGGACAAGCGGCGGCGGCUGGAGGAGGAGGCCAAGAGCAAGGCAGAGGAAGCCAUGGCCACGUAUCGCACAUGUGUGGCGGAUGCCAAGACGCAGAAGCAGGAGCUGGAGGACACCAAGGUGACAGCGCUGCGGCAGAUCCAGGAGGUCAUCCGGCAGAGUGACCAGACCAUCAAGUCGGCCACCAUCUCUUACUACCAGAUGAUGCACAUGCAGACAGCGCCACUGCCUGUGCACUUCCAGAUGCUGUGUGAGAGCAGCAAGCUCUACGACCCAGGCCAGCAGUACGCCUCCCACGUGCGCCAGCUGCAGCGCGGGGAGGAACCUGACGUGCACUACGACUUCGAGCCGCACAUCUCCACCAAUGCCUGGUCCCCGGUCAUGCGCGCCCGGAAGGGCAGCUUUAAUGUUGGCGAUGCGGCGGGGGCAGAUGUCGCCAGCAGUCCCCCAAAGGAAGGGGGGCCCAAUGAGGGGGCGCCUGCCAAGGAGCGCAGGGGUGGGCGAGGACACCAGGUGCACAAGUCGUGGCCAAUCUCAAUCGCAGACUCCGACAGCAGUCUGGACCCUGGCGCUGGCUCAGGGGACUUCAAGAAGUUCGAGCGGACAUCGUCGAGUGGCACCAUGUCAUCCAGCGAGGAGCUGGUGGACCAGGCGGUUGGCGCGGAGGCUUCAGCCUUUGAGCAGGCUGACCUCAACAGCAUGGCCCCUGAGCUGCCGGUGGCCAUGCCCAGUGGGCCCUUCCGCCACGUGGGGCUGUCCAAGGCAGCGCGCACCCACCGGCUCCGGAAGCUCCGCACGCCCGCCAAGUGUCGCGAGUGUAACAGCUACGUCUACUUCCAGGGUGCCGAGUGUGAGGAGUGCUGCCUGGCCUGCCACAAGAAGUGUCUGGAGACCCUGGCCAUUCAGUGUGGCCACAAGAAGCUGCAGGGCCGUCUGCAGCUCUUUGGCCAGGACUUCGGCCAGGCUGCCCAAGACACCCCCGACGGGGUACCCUUCAUUGUCAAGAAGUGCGUCUGCGAGAUCGAGCGACGGGCACUGCGCACCAAGGGCAUCUACCGGGUCAACGGGGUGAAGACGCGUGUGGAGAAGCUGUGCCAGGCCUUUGAGAACGGCAAGGAGCUGGUGGAGCUGUCGCAGGCCCCGCCCCACGACAUCAGCAAUGUCCUCAAGCUCUACCUGCGUCAACUGCCCGAGCCGCUCAUCUCCUUCCGCCUGUACCACGCGCUCGUGGGGCUGGCCAAGGACAGCCUGAAGGCGGAGGCUGAGGCCAAGGCGCUGAGCCGAGGCCGGCAGGACGGCUCCGAGAGCGAGGUGGCAGCCGCGGCCAUGGCUGGCCGGCUGCGGGAGCUCCUGCGCGACCUGCCGCCCGAGAACCGAGCCACGCUGCAGUACCUGCUGCGGCACCUGCGCAGGAUCGUGGAGGUGGAGCAGGACAACAAGAUGACCCCCGGGAACCUGGGCAUCGUGUUCGGGCCCACGCUGCUGCGGCCGCGGCCCACCGAGGCCACCGUGUCCCUCUCCUCCCUAGUGGACUACCCCCACCAGGCCCGCGUCAUUGAGACCCUCAUCGUCCACUAUGGCCUGGUCUUUGAGGAGGAUCCUGAUGAGGCACCUGGGGGCCAGGAUGGGUCGUCCAACCAGCGGGCAGAGGUGGUCGUCCAGGUGCCGUACCUAGAGGCAGGCGAGGGGGCUGCCUACCCCCUGCAGGAGGAGGCGGAGGACGAGGGUCGAGAAUCCCAAGUUGCUUCCAAUGAUUCUGACUCAGAGCUGGAGGAGGCCUCUGACCUGCUGUCUUUGUCAGGGGCCAGCGCCCUGCAGCACCUCAGCUUCCUGGAGAAGCAGGAGAGCGAGGCCAGCCUGGAGGAGGGUCCCCGCAGCUGCAGUGGCAGUGAGGAGCACCUGGGGGCCGCAGCUGGGGAGGACGAGGACGAGGACGAGGAUGGGGAGGGCCCCGUCCCCGCCCAGCAGCUCUCGGUGUAUAACACCAACCAGUCCAACAACGUGGCGCAGGUCUGGCUGCCCACUAUGAGGCUCCGCGGCGGGAGUAUUGCGGUGGGCACUCGCCGGGAGAGGCGGCCGGCGUUCGUCUGAGGCGGUGAUCGGGAACCAUUACUGGCUUUUGCCCCCCUAGGCUGUCCCGGAGUCAGCGGCAUAGACCAGCUGUGUUGUCUGUUCUGGGGUCAUUGCAAGAGAGCCUGGACUUGGAUGGUCCUGUUUGCAGGGGAUCCCU